AUGGUACAGAUUCGGGUAAUAGAUAAACCAAAAAGCUCAGGAUCUCCAAAAGGAGAGGUAGGGGAGAUUGACACAAGAGCACCAUUUCAAUCUGUGAAAGCUGCCGUUAGUUUAUUUGGUGAAGUAGCUAUCUCCAAGGAUAAAGGCAAAGCAGUAUCCAAGAGAAGGCUUUCUUCUGAGAAAGUGUUGGACAAGGAGACUCAAUUUGUGUUGGUUCAAAGGGAGCUUGAAAAGUACAAGCAACAGCUUCAAGUUGCCGAGAAAACAACAGCUCGAUCAUAUUCUGAACUUGAAAAGGCCAAGACAACCCUAAACGACCUCACCAUCGAACUCAAAACUGCCACCGAAUCUAAGCUAUCAGCCGUGCAAGCUGCAGAAACUGUGAAGAAACAAGUCAAGGAACUUGAAGUUGCAAAAUCUCAACAGCACUUUGGAGAUGCUGCUAGUGAACUUGAACUGGAACAGGAAAGAGAGCAAUAUAUGAUCGUCAUGCAUGAACUUGAUCUUGCAAAGCAAGAACUCACCCAAAUCCGACAAGAUUUCGAUGGCUGUCUGCAGGCAAAAUCAGUUUCAUUUCAACAAGCAGCAGAAGUCCAGAUGGUGACCAAUGGGAACAUAGAAAGGAUAAGUGAACUUUCCAAUGAAAUUAGUGCCAUGCAAGAAUCAACUUUGCAAAUAAAGCUUGCAACUGUACAAUGUCAAGAACAACAAGAGAGUAUCAUGUCAGAGAAACAGGCUUGCAUUAAAGCUUAUGCAGCAACCAAGGAAGAUUUGGACAAGAAGUUGAUGUCUUUAAAGGAAGAAUAUGAUCCUGAGCUUCAUAAAAAACUUGAGCAGAAGCUUUCAGAAAGAAAUGAGGAGAUUGAAGUUAUACGAGAAGAAAUGAAAAGAGCACACGCCAUUGAAAUGGAUAAUGUGAAGCUUAUAACUACUGAGCUCAAUGAAGCAACGAAGACAUUGCAGAAAGUUGCCGAGGAAGAGAAUUUGCUUAGAAAUAUAGUGACUGCUCUUAAACUAGAAUUAGAUGAAGUUCAAAGAGAAAAAUCUGACUUGGAGAAGAGAGAAAAAAAAAAAUACGAUGGGCAAAGAUCACAACUUGAGAAGCUAUCAUCAGAAGCCGAGACUGCAAGAACAGAAGCAGAAGAGAUGAAGAAGAAAGCUAAAAAGCUGAAUCAAGAAACUGAAACAAACAUGUUAACGGCUGCAAGAGCAACGGAGAAGCUUCACCUUGUUCAAAAAGAGCUUGAAGAAGCCAAAGAAGGAGAAAAGAAAGCCCAUGAUGAGAUGAAAUCAUUGUCCGAAAAAUACAAUGAUCAAAAUCCUGAAUCCAAUAAUAACAUAAUACAAAUUUCAUUGCAGGAUAUUGAGACUUCAAACAAGAAAGUGGAGGAAUCUGAAAAUACAGCUGAGGCAAAAGAGGCAGAUGCUAAAUUUGAAAUAGAAGAAAUUAAUAUAAGGAAGAAUGCAACAGAAAUGAGGUUGGAGGAAAAUCUGGAAGCCAUGAAAGAAAUUGAAAUAGCAAUUGAUAUUGCUUUGAAGUCAGCAGAGAUAGCAGAGGCUGCACAAAGUGUGGUGGAGGGUGAACUUAGAAGGUGGCGACAAAAACAUGAUAAUAACAUAUUCUCAGUGUGA